AUGUCGACGUUUCGAAGCGAGCCCAUGGUGCGGGGCACGAUGGUGCUGCCGUCUUCUUUACCCAUCGCUCACGAAAUAUUAGAGCGGAUAGGCCGUCUUGGGGCUGUGCAGUUUGUAGAUAUGCAAGCAAAUGCGUUGGUGCGUCCUUACAACAACUACAUACAGCGAAUAGAAGAGAUGGAGAGAAUUAUCCGUUUCCUUCAGGAAGAGAUACGCUGUCUAGAAGGGGGCCCCGGGGCCGCGCGAGCAGCAGCAGCAGCAGCAGCAGGAGGCGGUGCUGCAGCAGCAGUAAGACAAGAGGGGCCCCUUGUGGUGGUUGCUCCAGAGGGAGAGAAGAGUUUUCUAGAUAACGGUCACGGGUAUGUCUUAGAUAAAGUAGAAGAAGCGUUGAGUCGGCUGUAUGGACAGUUUGUAUUGUUUAAGGGAAAUAAUACGAAUUUGCAAUUGGAGAAGAAUGCAGCAAUAGAGGAGCAAUGUGUGCUGCGCGUAGCAGUGCAGCAGCUACAGGGAGGCGGUGCUGCAGCAAUUAGGGGCCCCCUUGCUGCAGCUCCUCGUGGGGAGAGUUUUUCAGAGGGUGAGGAUGAUGGGCACACGCUACUGCAGCAGCCGCAGCAGCAGCAGCAGCAGCAGCUACCCUUGCAGCAGCAUUUAUCUUUGGAAGAUGGGUUAGGUAUGGGUCUUGCUCUUCAAGGGGCAAAGAAUAUGCCUAUUUCGGCAGUAUCUGCAGUCUCAGGGGUGAUUGCUGCAGCAGAUGUCUCUCGCUAUCAGCGCACAUUAUUCCGCUCAACCAGGGGCAAUGCUUUUUCUUUUUUUCAAUCAAUAGAGCAGCCGUUCCUAGACCCAAAGACAGGUCAGCACGUUCAUAAGAGUGUCUUUGUUGUCUAUCACCAAGGCAGCACGCAGUCUCUACUUCAUGAAAAAAUCAAAAAGGUCGCCGAUGCUUUCAAUGGGCACUGCUAUGAAUGGCCUCAGACUUUUAGAGCAGCUGAAGAGAGAUUGCAAGGCCGCGAUAUGACCUUGCGGUGCUCGUGUUGGAUUCCGAAGAAAAACGAAGAAAAAGUGCGGAGUAUACUCCGCACCAUGGAGAUGGAACGAGAGGAUCAGGGCUCUGCUUUUCUAUUAACUGAGAAACAUCUCCCCGCAGCGAUGCCGCCUACGUACUUCAAAUCUACAGAAUUUACCGACCCCAGUCAAAUGCUGGUGGAUACAUACGGAGUGCCUCGUUAUGAAGAAGCAAAUCCAGCAUUUCUUACUUCUGUUACAUUUCCGUUUUUGUUUGGAGUUAUGUAUGGAGACAUUGGGCAUGGGGGGAUAUUAUUUUUUCUGGGUUUAUACUUGGUUUUGUUUAAUGGAAGGAUUAAGACGAGUGGAGGGAUGUUUUCGAGCUUUCUUCCCUUUCGUUAUAUGCUUGCAUUGAUGGGUUUCUUUGCUUUUUAUGUUGGGUUUCUAUAUAAUGAUAUAUUCGCCCUUGGAGUCGAUAUCUUCGGAUCCAAGUGGACAGAAGAAGGAGCAAAAGAUGUCAGUGGAGCCAUUCGCUUGCAGCAAGUGGGGGAGGAUCCGUAUCCGUUCGGGAUUGAUCCAGCAUGGAAAGGGGCAACGAAUGAAUUGUUGAUGACGAAUUCAAUUAAGAUGAAGUUAUCUGUAUUGAUUGCGGUUGUACAUAUGGGUGUAGGGGUGAUUAUGAAGGGAAUGAAUGCUCUACACUUCAAGGACUUGCUGGAUUUUUUCUUUGAAUUUAUUCCCCAGUUUGUAUUUCUUAUGGUUUUAAUUGGCUAUAUGAAUUUCAUGGUUGUUUACAAAUGGGUAACGCCUUUAACGUAUAACAAGCCAAACCUUAUCAGCGCUAUUAUUAAUAUGUGUAUGAUGGGUGAAGUUAAGCCUGAAGAGCAGCUAUACUCUCAUCAGCAGACAGUUGAGCGUAUUCUGCUGCUUCUUGUUGUUCUUACUAUCCCCGUGAUGCUGCUUGUGAAGCCUACGGUGCUGCUGCUGCGGAAGAAACGUUCAGAGAAAGAGGCAGCAGCUGCUGCAGCGAAGCAGCAGGAGCAGGAGUUACCGCAGCACCUCUUAGAAGUAGGGGCGAGUGGUGCUGCUGCUGCAGCAGCAACACAACAGCAGCAGCAUCUGCAGCAGCAAAUGGAACAGGAAGAUAAUGAGGGAGGGAAAGGAGAGCAUGAAGCAGCUGGCGCUGGGGACUUGUUUAUAUUUCAAAUGAUUGAAACGAUAGAGUUUGUACUGGGAACGAUAUCAAAUACAGCUUCAUAUCUGCGUCUCUGGGCAUUGUCUCUUGCUCAUCAACAGCUUUCUUUAGUAUUUUAUUCGCAGACUGUUGUACGCGCCCUGGAGCUGUCUGAUAACACCGCGCUGGUAUCGGUUGUUUUGUUUUUUGUGUUCGCUCUAUUUGCAUUCAUCACCUUUGGAGUUAUCUUAUGCAUGGAUCUCCUUGAAGUUGCUCUGCAUGCGCUGCGCCUGCAGUGGGUAGAAUUUCAAAACAAAUUUUUCAAAGGAGACGGUCAUAAAUUCGCCCCUCUCGACUUCAUGGUGGUGGUGCGGGCGAAGCCUACUUGA